AUGUUUACAUCAUGGACUGCAAAGAAUCCUGGUAGAAGAUUUUAUGGAUGUCCAAAUUACAAGGAUGAAAGUAUGAAUUGCAAGUAUUUCAUGUAUAUUGAUGAUGAACUUACAAUCCAAAGGUACAAGGAUCUAUUCUUCAAUAUGCACCAUGAUAUGAAGGGUAUGGAAGAUGAGAUCAAAGAAUUAAAGUUAAAGUUGAAGAAAAAAGCGUGUUUGGAAUGUGAAGAACGAAGAGUAAAGUAUGUUAGGAUUGUGGUAUUCUUGGUAGUUGUCCUGACAUCGGUCAUCUUAAGGUUGUGUUACUUUUGA